CUGGAGGCAGUCCGCCAUUGCUGUGUGAACAACCAUCGGGCGUUUGGCUGUCAACAAUAAACUUGUGGUGCGGGACGCCGAGCUGCGAGGUCGAGGGAAAGCUCGUCGGCUGCUCCUUAAACCACUAGCCACCCCCCGUCCCUCCCCGGAGACCACGUUCAUGUGAAUACAGAGCCAAGGGACGAGGCAACCAUGUCCAAUCUCAGCAAAGGCGGCACCAAGAAGGACACUAAGAUGAGGAUACGGGCGUUUCCUAUGACGAUGGAUGAGAAGUAUGUCAAUAACAUCUGGGAUCUUCUGAAGAAUGCCAUCCAGGAAAUUCAACGGAAAAACAACAGCGGCCUGAGUUUCGAGGAACUUUACAGGAAUGCCUACACAAUGGUGCUUCACAAGCAUGGAGAGAAGCUGUACACGGGCCUGCGGGAAGUCGUCACUGAACACCUUAUCAACAAAGUACGAGAAGAUGUCCUAAACUCCUUAAACAACAACUUUCUCCAAACUCUAAAUCAGGCCUGGAAUGACCAUCAGACAGCGAUGGUGAUGAUCAGAGACAUUCUGAUGUAUAUGGACCGAGUGUAUGUACAGCAGAACAAUGUAGAGAAUGUCUACAACCUGGGUCUCAUCAUCUUUAGGGACCAAGUGGUCCGCUAUGGCUGCAUCAGAGACCACCUCCGGCAGACCCUGCUGGAUAUGAUUGCAAGAGAGAGGAAGGGAGAAGUGGUGGACAGGGGGGCCAUUAGAAAUGCCUGCCAAAUGUUAAUGAUCCUCGGCCUUGAAGGGAGAUCUGUUUAUGAAGAAGACUUUGAAGCUCCAUUCUUAGAAAUGUCUGCAGAAUUUUUCCAGAUGGAGAGCCAAAAGUUCCUUGCAGAAAACAGUGCCAGUGUAUACAUAAAAAAGGUAGAAGCCAGAAUUAAUGAAGAGAUCGAGCGGGUAAUGCACUGCUUGGAUAAAUCCACGGAGGAGCCCAUUGUCAAGGUGGUGGAACGUGAACUCAUUUCCAAACACAUGAAGACCAUUGUAGAGAUGGAGAACUCGGGCCUGGUUCACAUGCUCAAGAAUGGCAAGACAGACGAUUUGGCAUGCAUGUACAAGCUGUUCAGUCGGGUUCCUAAUGGGCUGAAGACCAUGUGUGAGUGUAUGAGCGCAUACCUGCGGGAGCAAGGCAAGGCCCUCGUGUCAGAGGAGGGAGAAGGCAAAAAUCCAGUGGACUAUAUCCAGGGUUUGCUUGACCUUAAGUCCCGUUUUGACCGUUUUCUCCAGGAGUCUUUCAACAAUGAUCGGCUCUUCAAACAAACUAUUGCUGGCGAUUUUGAAUACUUCCUUAACCUCAACUCACGAUCGCCUGAAUACCUCUCACUCUUCAUUGAUGACAAAUUGAAGAAGGGAGUAAAAGGGCUUACAGAGCAGGAGGUGGAGUCCAUACUGGACAAAGCCAUGGUGCUCUUCCGCUUCAUGCAGGAGAAGGAUGUAUUUGAAAGGUACUACAAGCAGCACCUGGCUCGAAGGUUGCUCACCAACAAGAGUGUCUCUGAUGACUCUGAAAAGAACAUGAUCUCAAAGUUAAAGACUGAGUGUGGCUGUCAGUUCACCUCUAAACUGGAGGGCAUGUUCCGGGACAUGAGCAUCUCUAACACCACCAUGGAUGAAUUUAGGCAACAUCUACAGACCACUGGGGUGUCACUCGGAGGGGUCGAUCUUACGGUGAGAGUCCUGACCACAGGAUACUGGCCAACGCAAUCAGCUACACCCAAGUGCAAUAUCCCCCCCUCACCACGACAUGCAUUUGAAGUCUUUAGAAGGUUUUACCUUGGUAAGCACAGUGGGAGACAGCUCACCCUGCAGCACCAUAUGGGUUCUGCAGAUUUAAAUGCCACCUUCUAUGGUGCCAUCAAAAAGGAGGAUGGGUCAGAGGUCGGGGUUGGCGGAGCCCAGGUAACAGGCUCCAACACAAGAAAACACAUCCUGCAGGUGUCCACCUUUCAGAUGACCAUCCUCAUGCUGUUCAACAACAGGGAGAAGUCCACUUUUGAGGAGAUCCAGCAGGAGACGGAUAUCCCAGAGAGGGAGCUGGUGCGAGCGCUACAGUCUCUGGCCUGUGGGAAGCCCACGCAGAGAGUUCUCACUAAGGAACCCAAGUCUAAGGAGAUUGAAAGUGGCCACGCGUUUACAGUCAAUGACCAGUUUACCUCCAAACUGCACCGUGUCAAAAUUCAGACGGUGGCUGCUAAACAGGGGGAGUCAGAUCCGGAGAGGAAGGAGACACGGCAGAAAGUGGAUGAUGACAGAAAGCAUGAGAUUGAAGCUGCCAUCGUUCGCAUCAUGAAGUCUAGAAAGAAGAUGCAGCACAAUGUUCUAGUCGCAGAGGUCACACAGCAGUUGCGAGCACGAUUCCUUCCUAGUCCAGUAGUCAUCAAGAAGCGCAUUGAAGGACUUAUUGAGAGGGAAUAUUUGGCAAGAACACCAGAGGACCGCAAAGUGUACACUUAUGUAGCAUAACACGUGAAUUCACUGAAAGCUACCAUCCAGUUGAGAUAAACUGAGGGCCUUGUUUUUUGUGGACUGCUAUGUGUUUGAACUUGGAAGUGCUUUCAUCAUUGAUUCUGGGAAACACUGGGAAGCUUAACUUUUCUUCCAUAAAAACGUGUAAGGAAAGAAAACAUGCAAGAAAUGGUGACGUUCUCUAGCAAUAUUUGAUUUGUUCUGCUGAGAGAAAUGAAAAGAGGAGGGAGAUCUAGUUUUGUAUAAAAGUUUCCUGUGGCCUUUGGAGGGAACUAGGUUGAGCCUGUUUGCCAAUUAACUACACACUGUCAAGAACACAUGUAUAGUAAACAUGUGGCUACAUGGAGACCAAGAAGACAUUUGAACUCACUCCCCUGUUUUAAAUGUUGAUGUCCAUGUGUUAUGUUUGUGUUUUUGUGGCAAAACAAUAGUUGUACAGGUUGACAGCCUUGACCCUUUCCUCACAGAGGAUUUUAAGACUUAAAGAGGACGAAGUGUAAGCUGGUACAGACCUGGUACAGACAGCAGUAAGACACACUUUGAUUUUGAUUUUCUUUUUGGGGGGGGGGGGUCUGCAAGUCUGUCUGUUUUGGGGGGGUCGUUCUAAUAGCUGAUAUGAAUACAAUUCACCUCACAUUGCUGAAAUAUAAUAAAUGCUGUUCUUAGUAGUGCGGCCAGGUCUGUGCUAGUGGCUAGAGAUCAAAGGCUGUUUGUUCACAGCAUGCUUAUAUCCAAUGUGUCAAUCAGGGGAGUAAGACACUUAAAACUCCAUACAUUUUUGGUUUCACACACUUUUUCACUUAAGGCCUGCUGUCUGAUCAGUCAAGAGGUGAUCCCCGCUUUUUGAAUAGAAGGUUCCCUGUAAUGCAGGAUUCUAAGGAAUUUUUAUUUUUUAUUCCCCCCGCAUCUCGACUGCAUUUUAAACAGGUGGAGCCAGCCUAGUAACAUGCUUUUAUGUGUACAAAUUGUAAAAUAAUAAUUGUACUCACUGCAAAGUUGGAUUGUACAGGGCCUUGUUUUCAUCAUAUUAAAUGUAGAGUAAAAAAGAGAUAAAGAUAUUUUUUUUCUUUUUUUUCUUUUUUCAUCUUUUAAGCAUUUUUUGGCAAGCAUGAGGAAUACUUGCCUGAUAACCAUAAUUAAAGUUUAAUUUAACUGGGAA